GGCGGGACCCAGAGAGGAGCAAGUUCGGGAUUGGGUGAUGUGGGGGCCCGACGGUGGUACGUAGCGAGGAUUGGCCCUUGGGGCGGUGACUGGCGGCUGGAAUUGGCCCAAGCGGGUGGAAUUGGCCUCGGGGCCGGGACCGCGGAAAAUUGAUGGAGUCGGCCAGGGAAAUGAGACUCCCGGUGGGCGCUGGGGCUCCGGCCUCGAAGGUUCACGAGGGGUCCAAAAGCCAAAGACGCGGCCGGUGGCGAAAAGGCAAAGCCAAAGCCUCACAGCUCUCACACAGCAUGGACCUGCGCACAAUGACACAGUCGCUGGUGACCCUGGCCGAGGACAACAUGGCCUUCUUCUCCAGCCAGGGUCCUGGGGAGACAGCACGGCGGCUGUCAGGCGUCUUUGCGGGUGUUCGGGAACAGGCACUGGGGCUGGAGCCGAUCCUGGGCCGCCUGCUGAGCGUGGCACACCUCUUUGACCUGGACGCAGAAACGCCAGCCAACGGGUACCGCAGCCUGGUGCACACAGCCCGCUGCUGCCUGGCACACCUGCUGCACAAAUCGCGCUACGUGGCCUCUAACCGCCGCAGCAUCUUCUUCCGCACCAGCCACAACCUUGCCGAACUCGAGGCCUACCUGGCUGCUCUCACCCAGCUCCGGGCUCUGGCCUACUACGCCCAGCGCCUGCUGGCCACCAACCUGCCCGGGAGGCUCUUCUUCGAGGGCGAUGAGAGGGUCAUCGCCGACUUCCUGCGCGAGUAUGUCACUCUGCACAAGGGCUGCUUCUACGGCCGCUGCCUGGGCUUCCAGUUCACGCCCGCCAUCCGGCCAUUCCUGCAGACCAUCUCCAUCGGGCUGGUGUCCUUCGGGGAGCACUACAAACGCAACGAAACUGGCCUCAGUGUGACAGCCAGCUCCCUCUUCACCGGCGGCCGCUUUGCCAUCGACCCAGAGCUGCGUGGGGCCGAGUUUGAGCGGAUCAUACAGAACCUGGACGUGCGCUUCUGGAAAGCCUUCUGGAAUAUCACCGAGAUCCAGGUGCUAUCGUCUCUAGCAAACAUGGCAUCGGCCACCGUGAGGGUAAGCCGCCUGCUCAGCCUGCCCCCCACCGCCUUUGAAAUGCCGCUGACUGCUGACCCCAAGGUCACGGUCACCAUCUCACCCCCGCUGGCCCACACCGGCCCCGGGCCCGUCCUCGUCAGGCUCAUCUCCUAUGACCUGCGUGAAGGACAGGACAGUGAGGAGCUCAGCAGCCUGGUGAGGUCCGAGGGCCCCAGGAGCCUGGAGCUGCGGCCACGCCCCCAGCAGGCACCCCGCUCGAGGUCCCUGGUAGUGCACAUCCACGGCGGCGGCUUCGUGGCUCAGACCUCCAAGUCCCACGAGCCUUACCUCAAGAGCUGGGCCCAGGAGCUGGGCGCCCCCAUCCUCUCCAUCGACUACUCCCUGGCCCCCGAGGCCCCCUUCCCCCGGGCGCUGGAGGAGUGCUUCUAUGCCUACUGCUGGGCCGUCAAGCACUGUGCCCUCCUCGGCUCAACAGGCGAGCGGAUAUGCCUCGCAGGAGACAGCGCGGGUGGGAAUCUCUGCUUCACCGUGUCCCUGCGCGCAGCAGCCUAUGGCGUGCGGGUGCCAGAUGGCAUCAUGGCAGCCUACCCUGCCACAAUGCUGCAGUCUACAGCCUCUCCUUCCCGCCUCCUGAGCCUCAUGGACCCCCUGCUGCCCCUCAGCGUGCUCUCCAAGUGUGUCAGUGCCUAUGCUGGUGGGGAGACUGAGGACCACUCCGACUCGGACCAGAAGGCGCUGGGCAUGAUGGGGCUGGUGCAGCGAGACACAGCCCUGCUCCUCCGAGACCUCCGCCUGGGCGCCUCCUCAUGGCUCAACUCCUUCCUGGAGCUGAGUGGGCACAAGCCCCACCCAAACUCGGUGCCCAUAGCAGAGCCAAUGCGGCGCAGUGUGUCUGAAGCAGCACUGGCCCAGCCUGAGGGCCCACUGGGAACGGACUCCCUCAGGAGCCUGACGCUUCAUGACCUGAGCCUCAGGGACAGCUCUGAGACAUCGGACACCCCGGAGCUGUCACUGUCAGCGGAGACACUCGGCCCCUCCACACCCUCAGCCGUCAACUUCUUACUUCGGCCUGAGGAUACAUCUGAGGAAUCGGAGGCCCCAGAUGAGCUGAGCGCCAAGGACAAAGUUCGAGGUGUGAGUGCUGCCUUCCCUGAGGGUUUCCACCCAAGGCGCUCCAGCCAGGGUGCAAUGCGGAUGUCCCUCUACACGUCGCCCAUCGUCAAGAAUCCCUUCAUGUCACCGCUGCUGGCACCUGACAGCAUGCUGCAGACGCUGCCACCUGUGCACAUCGUGGCGUGCGCGUUGGACCCCAUGCUGGACGACUCGGUCAUGUUCGCGCGGCGGCUGCGCAGCCUGGGCCGGCCCGUGACGCUGCGCGUGGUGGAGGACCUGCCGCACGGCUUCCUGAGCCUGGCGGCGCUGUGCCGGGAGACGCGGCAGGCUGCGGCGCUCUGCGUGGAGCGCAUCCGCCACGUCCUCAAUGCGCCGGGCCCGCCAGUCUGAGCCAUGGGACCCAGCCGGGCCACGCGGGAGAGGGGGGCUGCGGGGGCGCGACACUAAAGUCCUCUCGUACCCGUCUGCGCAGGGCUCCGUGGUGAAUGCGCCUCGGGGAGGGCGGCGGCGACCCCUGCAAGGGGCUGCUGGCCCAUCCGGCCCCUCCCUCGGGCCGGACAGAAGGGGGCCGGCUGUGCCUUAAGUUGAGGGUGCGGCAAGGGAGGGAGCGGCGCGGGCCCCCCCCCCCCCCCAAAGCUAAGACCCUGGCCUGGGGGAGGGGGGCGCACACAAACCAGUCUCCGAGACAGCUGUACCUGCACUCCAUCACUGCCUUCUACAGCUGCUGCGACCGCCGCAGGGGUGGGGCCUGACCCUACCUUGCAGGUUGGUUUGCUUUGUUUUUUGUAAAUAAAAGUAUUUAAUUAGUUUGGCCUUUUGCAAAUAGGGGGCGGUUGACCACCAGGGGGCAGCAUCGGAAACCGGGAAAUUUGGCACUGGAGAGCGGAAGGCUGGGGGCCCAACGUCUGGGUCCUGAAGAAAGGGUCUGCGGGCCUGGAUUCUGAAGUGCAGAAGGACAGCCCCCACCUCCCACCCCGCACUAACACACUUAAUCCAGGUGUAGUGCCAGAGGACUCUGGCUUCUCAGCUACUCUCUACAAACCCAGACCCAGCACCCACCAAGAAAAGAAAACCCAAGCUCCCUAGAGAACUGGAGCAAAGCUAACAGGAAACCAGAAACAAACUUGUCACCCAAAAUACUGGAACCCAAGCUCUGCCAAGCUGUGACAGUCACUCAGUCCAUCACCCUUUGUAGGCCCUAGGUUUGGAGCAGAGAAUUCCAUCCAGGGCCAGCCUUCAAGAAAUUUCCAACCCUGGACUCAGGGAGGGUGUGGGGAGAGACCCAGACACAGGCUGUCACAGUCCCCACGGGCUCCAUCUGUGGUAGUCAGGGCAUCCUGCACAGAGGAGGUGAUCCAAGGAUGAGCAAAAGUUUGCGAAGAAGAAGAAACACACAAGGUUGUGAGAGCCAACAGGCAGUGGUCAAGGCUUCUGCCUGGCCAGAAGUUCAGGUGCAAAGUGGGGAGUGGUCUGAGGAGCCUGGAGUGGUCAGCAGCAGAUCCUGAAGGGCCUGGAGUGCAACUUGGACUAUCAAUGAAGGGCACUGGGAGCCACAGAAGGGCUUUGAGCAGGGGAGGGGCAGGAUCAGCUCAGGCACUGAAAGGGCCUAGUGGGAAACUGGGGAAUGGACUGAAAAGGGCAAGACUAGAGCCCUGGAUGCCAAAGAGGAGGCUGGGGACAGGGGAGACAAGCCCUGAGCUGCGGCAGAGGCCAUGAAGGUAGGGAGUAGAAGUAUGGGUAGGGGGAAGAAAAAUAAAGUAGUAGGGGUGGAGCAAAUCCCAGAGCCAUUACUGAGUUUGGAUAAAUAGGACUUACUGAGGGUGGAGUAGAGGUUACAGAAAGGCAAGGGGAUGAAGAGGUCACUCGGGUCUGGACAGGGGAGCAGGUGGACAGGGAGACUCUUUACUGGGAGGAGGCUCAGGUGUGUUCGAGGUGGGUGAGGUACUGAGGGUUGUUUUGCCCGCAGUUCAGAAUGUCUUCAUGAACAGAAACAGACACACGGACAUAGAGAACUGACUUGUGGGUGCCAAGGGGGAGGAGGUUGGGGGAAAGAUGGAGUGGGGGGUUGGGGUUAGCAGAUAUAAGCUAUUACAUAUGGAAUAGAUAAAAAAUAAGGUCUUACUGUAUAGCACAGAGAACUAUAUUCAGUGUCCUAUGAUAAACCAUAAUGGAAACGAAUAUU